CAAAAAUAAUAUGUAGAUAUGUUCUGUUACCGCUUUGCCUUUCCAUCAGUGUUUCGCAGAGCAUCACUCGGAACAAUUCGACUGAAAAAUGGUUCAUCUAGCUCCUACAGUAACGUUAAACAAUGGUUGCAAGAUUCCAGCCUUAGGACUCGGUACGUGGUCGUUACGUGGAGAUGAAGGUAUCCGAGCGGUUAAAACCGCCAUCGACGAGGGAUUUCGACACUUUGACACAGCUUGCCUUUAUGGAAACGAGAAGGAAGUCGGUCAGGCAGUACGUGACAAAAUUGCCGAAGGUGUUAUUACCCGCGAAGAUGUCUUCGUAACCUCUAAGCUCUGGAAUUCACAUCACGAUCCUGAAAACGUUGAAGGAGCUUUGGAUCGAUCGCUCGCGAUGCUCGGUCUCGAUUACAUCGAUUUGUACUUGAUGCACACACCGAUGAGCUACAAAUUCAGCUCGUGGGAACCGGAAGAUCCUGAAGCCGCAACGGUUCCUGAAUUUACUGCCAUUGACUUCGUGGACACUUGGCGAGCCAUGGAGAAACUCUUGCAAACCGGUAAAAUCAAAAGUAUCGGGGUGUCCAACUUUAACAGCGAGCAGGUCGCUCGAAUCGUAAAUGAGUGCACGGUUGCCCCAGUCAUCAAUCAGGUGGAGUGUAAUCCGGCAUUAAACCAGCGUCAAUUGAUCGAGUUUUGCAAAAACCUAAACGUGGCCAUCACGGCGUACAGUCCACUAGGACGUCCCAAUUAUUACGAAAAAGAUCCCAUAAACGAGCCCAAGCCUGCCCUAGAUGAUCCACUUGUUCUAGCUUUGUCUCAAAAGUACGACAAAACCCCAGGUCAAAUCAUUCUGAGGUACCUAAUACAUCAGGGUACGAUUCCGAUUCCCAUGGCCGCUGAUCCGGAACUUAUUCGCCAGAAUAUCGAGAUAUUUAGCUUUAAGCUCUCGGAUGAGGAUAUCCAAGCCAUGUGGUCACUUAACAGCGGAAUCCGAACGAGUCCGCUGGAGCGUUGUGCUAGCCACAAAUACUUUCCAUUUGGUAUCGAGUUCUAGCAAAUUGAUGUUGGAUUAAUUAAAAAUAAAAAG